AUGUGCAGGGCGUUCCCGACAACCCUGCGGGGCCCAGCCCGAGCGUGGUACAGCAAUCUGAAGACCGCGACCAUCGCCUCUUUCGACCAGUUGGCCAGGGACUUUGAGCUUAACUUCCUGGCUCAUGCCAAGCCGAAGCCGUCGGUGGCGAUACUCCUCGGGCUCAACCAAAGGGAGGAUGAGCCCCUUUCUCACUUUGUGAACCGCUUCACCACACAAAUCCGCGGGCUGUCUGAUGCUCACCCUUCUUUGAUGAUGCAGGCAUUCAUGAUGGGCCUGCGCCCUACCCGAUUCUUUUGGUCUCUGGUGGAGCGACCCCCCACUUCGGUUCCCGAAAUGUUGCAGCGUGCGAACCAGUACAUCGCUGCUGAGGCAUGGAUGGUCGGGAAGCGCGACGAGCGCAAGAGGGUCAAGCCAGAGCAGUCCCAACAACAACAGCCCGCUACCUCUCGGCGUAGGGCCGGCGGCCUCAACGAUGCGGCACCUAGGUCCCCUCCCCCGGGCCUGAACUCCUCUCGGACCGAAAUAUUUCUCCACAUUAAGGAGAAAGGCCUUCUCAAAGACCCCUACCCGAUGAGAAGCCCGCGCGAACUCGCGGACCGCUCUAAAUACUGUCGUUUCCACCGACAGCCUGGUCACGACACCGAGGAGUGUCGAGAACUAAAAAGGCAAAUUGAGGAGCUCAUCCGCCGAGGGCACCUCGGCUCAUACCUCCGACCAGAUAAGGAGCUCUCGCCACGCCCGGAGGGCCCCAUCGAGCGACACAUAGAUGUCAUAACCGGCGGACCAGCGUCCGGAGGGAGUUCCAUGGCGGGCGGAAGGGCAUACGCCAGGGCCUCCCGGGCUGAAGCUUCCAAACAUGAAAAAGGCCCCGAAGUCACCUUCCCGACCGGGGAACCUGAACCAGCCGAACAUGAUGACGCGUUGGUAAUAUCAGCCAGAAUCGCCAACGCGCAAGUGAGAAGGAUCAUGGUUGACAUUGGGAGCUCGGCCGAUAUACUUUAUUGGGACGCCUUCCAAAAGCUCGGCCUGGUAAAGGAGAACAUGAAGCUGGUACGCUCAACACUCACGGGGUUCACCGGCGCCUCAAUCUCGUCACUAGGGGUCAUCACCCUGCCCCUAACUUUGGGAGUCUUCCCGAAGGCAAAAACAGUGAUGACCUCCUUUCUGGUGGUCGACCUCCCCACGGCAUACAACGCCAUCCUCGGACGGCCAACCCUCAACAAGACCCGAGUCGUCAUCUCAACGUACUACCAAACCAUCAAGUUCCCGACCCACGAUGGGGUCGGGGAAGUGGCGGGGAACUCCUGGGAGUCCAGGCGCUGCUACUUGACCGCUGUGUCACUAAACAAGAGAGCGAGGGUCCAAUCCCCGCUGGAAGACCCCUGGGAGGGAAAAAAACCGACCCCCCGCCCCGAGCCGAAGGAAUCCACCAUCGACUUGCCACUGAUCGAAGGAAGGCCCGACCAAACAGUCAAAAUCGGGUCGGGACUGCCCGAACAAGAGCAACAGCAGCUCGUCGGCCUUCUGCGAGCCAACGCCGACAUCUUCGCUUGGACGCCGACUGACCUAGUCGGAGUCCACCCGGAAGUCACGCUGCACCACUUGAACAUCUCGUCCGACGCCCGCCCGGUAAAACAAAGACCCAGGCGGCAGGCUCCGGAUCGGCAACUGGCCAUCCGAGAAGAGGUAAACCGACUUCUAGCGGCCGGUUUCAUAGAAGAGGCAAGGUACCCAUAG